AUGAUGUUCAUAACGUUGGCUGGUGUUACAAUUAUUACUACCGGCAUGUCAACUCCUUUUUCGAUCUGGGCAUUCAAGGAUAAUCGCGAGAGCGUUUCCGAAGCUUUGAAGCUUGACUCAUCUCUUGAACUCGAUGCGAGUUUUAUAAUUACUGGCGGUCCUACAAUCUAUUUGUGGCUUGGCGCUUUGGCCAUUGGAUCGUCUGCAGCAUUCAUCGGAGCUACUAUAAUCAUCAAACAUACAUCAAUAAUUCUGAAAGAUCACGCAAAAUUUAGCCAGACAUCGCGUGAUAUGCAUCGUAAAGCCAUCAUCGGGCUCAUCAUUCAGACUAUCGCAGUGUUCUCGUCUACAAUAGUGCCUAUGUUCAUGCUCUGUCAUAUGAUUCUGAUUCCUCCAAGCUCAUUAGCGUUCUUAACCCAUUAUGGGACAUGUGCGACGCUGUUAUUUUCGGUAAAAUCUUUUAACGCAUCUGUAUCGAUGAUAUGCACUACAGUACCUUACAGGUAAUA